AUGACCAUCUGGCACAAGUUGUUUUACAGUAUCACUGUAGAGCACACGUUUGAGUUUGAAGUCCACAUGAUCAGCUAUAUUGAUGGAAGCUUGGACGGGGGUGACUUCUCUAUCAUAUCAGACAACUUCUUCAAAGGCUAUAUGUGUGACGUAAGCGGCCUGAUUGCGAGCAAAUGCUUCGAAAACGUUUCAAGCCACCGUUCCUCUCGUCUCGGGGCUUCCUUCUGCGCCAUGCAAUGUUCAUGGAGACUCAACUGCGCAGGAUUCGCCGUCCAUUCGAGUAAAUCCUGUUACGUUCUCACGUCCUGUCACGAGCGUGCAAGCGAGGGUGAGACUGGCUUUUCGUCGUCAUCCUCGUCCAGCUGUGCUGGGAGUAGGUCAGGGCCAUUGGAGUAUCGGUACUAUCACAGAAAGUCGUUUUCUGUUUCCAAGUCGUGUGCAGGCAACGGCGUGUGGGACGACGAAAGUAAUUCGUUACGCUGUUCCGGUGGGUGUGUCGGAGAUAGAUGUGAAAGAUAUGCUUCUAGCUGUUCAGAGAUCCACCAAAACGGGUACCUUCCUUCAAACGGGGACGUGUUCGAUAUACAGCCUGAAGGAUAUCCAUCGCCUGUUCGAGUCAUGUGUUCGUUCAACGAGAAAGAAACGCAGACAUUUGUUGCUGUUAACACCGGCAAGUUGAAUUUUGAUAAAACAUGGGACGAAUAUAACUCUGAGGAGAAAGAGAGCAAGCAUGAUUCAAAAGAAAGCUUUAAAAAACAAGAUGAAAGCAAACCUGUUACAAAAGAACAAUCACAAGAAAACGAAGAUAGCAAACAAGCUUCAAGGGAAAGCGCUAGGGAUAAAGAGAGCGAACAUGGUUCAAAAGAAAGCUCAAAAGAAAAAGACAAAAGCAAGUAUGUUUCAAAAGAAAUAUCAAGAGAAAAAGAAGAUAGCAAGCAAGCCUCGAAAGAAAAAUCAAAAGAAAAUGAAGACAGCAAACAAGCUUCAAAGGAUAGCUCAAAGAGUACAGAUAGUAAACAGGAUUCAAAAGAGAGUUCAAAAGAGAAACAAUAUGGUAAAAAGAAUUCCAAGGAAAUUUCCAAAGAAAAGGACGAUAGUGAGCAUUCUGCAAAGGAAAGUUUAAAAGACGAAAGAGAUAGCAAUAAUGUUUCCAAAGAAAAUUCGAAAGAGAAAAAUAGCAAGCAUAGUUCAAACGAAAGCUCAAAGAAGAACGACAGCAAAUACGGUUCAAAAGAAAGUUCAAAAGAAAAAGAAGGUGGUAAAAAAGCUUCAAAAGAAAACUCAAAAGAAAAAGAAGAAAGCAAGCAUGUUUCAAAAGAAAAAACAAACGAAAAAGAAGAUAGCAAACAAGCCUCAAAGGAAAGCUCGUGGGAGAAAGAUAGUAAACUUGGUUCAAAACAAAGCUCAAAAGAAAAAGACAAAAGCAAGCAUGCGUCAAAAGAAAGAUCACAAGAAAAAGAAGGUAGCAAACAAGCUUCAAAGGAAAAGUCAAGGGUGAAAUAUAACAAAAGUGGUUCACAAGAAAAGUCAAAAGAAAAUGAAGAUAGCAAACAAGUCUCAAAGGAAACCUCGUGGGAGAAAGAUAGUAAACUUGAUUCAAAACAAAGCUCAAAAGAUAAAGGAAAUGGCAAAGAAGCUUCAAAAGAAAAAUCAAAAGAAAAAGAUGAAAGCAGGCAUGUUUCAAAAGAAAGAUCGAAAGAAAAAGAAAAUAGCAAAGAAACUUCAAACGAAAGAUCAGAAGAAAAAGAAGAUAGCAAACAAGCUUCGAAUGAAAGCUCGAGGGAGAAAGAUAGUAAACAUGGGUCAAAGGAAAGCUCAAAUGAGAAAAAUAGCAAACGAGGCUGAAAAGCAAGCUUAAAAGAGAAAAAAGAUAAUAAAAUGCGUUCAAAAGAAAGCCCAAAAGAAAAAAACCAAAACAAAUGAAACUACAUACUUCAUAUAUUACAAACUAAAUUCAAACGAAAGUUCUCAAAAGAUUUAAAAAAUAACCAACAGCCUUCAAAAGGAGACUGGGAAGAGAAAGAAUGUAGUAAAAUGAUUAAAAAGACAGGUCAAUUCUCUUUAUAUAACAAAUUCAAAAGAGAAAGGUACAAAACAUGGUUUAAGAGGAAGUUUACAAGAUAAAGGAUAGUGAAAAAAGAAAAUGAAGAAAAACAUCUCGACUUUAGUUCAAGACAGAUGAGUAGUCUUUCAUUAAAAGCAAGACAAAAUAUGCUUUAAGUUCAUAAUAAUAAUAACUUCAUAACCCUAAAAAUGGACGAGCGUCUGAUUCCACCGUGCCAUGACACAUAUUAUGAUACAUGUUAUGCAACCUUCGUCGAAGGGGGUCUAGGGAACCAGCGUCUGUGGUGUUGCAAUUAGAAACUUCCCUGUCGUGCGCAGGAGACCUGCGUUAGAUUCCGGUGGGGCAAUAUCUUUAUCCAGUAUCUCGGUCUUUGUCUAGCUCUUGGGGCGUUGACCCUCUCGGUAAGGACCCGCCUUGGCAGGCAGGGUUGAAGCCCGCCUCCUGGUGUAAGUAAGUGUAUAGAUUUAACGCCACUAUCAACACCAUAAGGCUGGGGUUUUUUUAGAGACGGAUCCUCCGAAUGUAAAGUUCGUCUCCGAUAGGAACGAGCAAAAUUUACUGAAAGUUUUAAAAACUCCUCAAUACGACUUGAGUUCAAGAACGCAUAGUAUGGGAUUCGAACCGCAUUCCAACUGAGCUAACGGAGCGCCCACCCGCCUCCUAAAUGAUCUAAUUUGUGCUGAAUGGGACGUAACAACUUACAUUUAAAACGUCGACUGUUGCGUAAUAGUUUGGCUCUUCUUCAUAAUUUUUGCAUUUAAGAAUAGAGAAGAUGGCAGAUCGAAUUCUAAGAAUUACAUAAUAUAGUAUAGUCCUAAUAUGUACUCAACUCGUUAUGUCCAGCUACGACAAUAUGGCACACUUUUUACCAGAGCCAAAGUGCAAUGUUGUUGUUUAUGCAUUUUGAAUGACCGUUAUAAACGUAAUUAUAUCAGCUACGAUAAUGUUGUCUUGUUAUAGAUUCAGUAGCAAAUGUGUAUCUGAUUUACGUUAUUAUUUUAAAAUACAAGGUAGUCCAAAAAAACCCACAACUUUACAACAUUUUUCUGAAUAUCCCAUACAAAAGAUGUUCCUGGAUGUUAUUUGGAACAGACGUUAUUCAUUCAAAAGGAAUUCGUUUGUUAUAAAAAUCAUAAAGAUUUCGGAAAACGAAAACGGCUUAAAGAAAAGAACACCCAUGAACGCAAAAUAUAACAAUUAAAAAAUCUUUUAAAGAAAAAAUCAUGAACCGACUGGUUUGCUUUUUCGUUCCUUUUCUUUAUAACAUUUAAUUUUCCGUCCUGGAACAUUAAAACAACAAUUCAAUUCUC